UCCAAGCUGUUCACAAUAUUAAUAAUAGAUGACUGUAAUUAAUAUCGAAGGUUACAGAAUUGUGUCUACAUUUCUAUAAAAUGCUUUGUUUGUGUGGCGCAAACCCCAUCAAAUACAAUUGUUUCCUGUCAUAGGAUAGAGAAAAAAAAGUCACCAGGGGAACACUGGCAGACCAAAAGACAGUCACAUGACUCGCGGAUUGCUCCAGAGACGUGAAAACAGUUCUAUUACCAUGGUUACAGCUGCAAGCAACUCGGAACUCUACAUAAUAUGCACAGAAGAGUGAGGGUCUCUGAGGGGACUCCCAAGUUCAACCAUCGGGUCAGAAGGCAACAUAAGUAACAGGUCAAAGAAUAACAGAGCGGAAGGAGGAGCCUCCAGCUCGACUUGCUUGUCUCCAACUCCAAUCCACCCCUUUAUGCAAUAAUACUCUCACUGGCUGGUUCAGAGGCGCUGCAUGCUGAGAUAGAAGUUUGGAACCAUGACUGGAGAGGAAGUGGAGCGUGUGUGGCGAGAGCGACUGCAGCGCUGUCAGAGGCAGCUGAAGGCUAAAGAGGAUGAGAUGCGUCGCCAGUCCGAAUACUUUGAAAAAUUUAAAUGCCAACUCCACCACAAGCUCAGCCUUGCUAGGGACAGAGAGGAGAGCUUGCAGAAGCGCAUCUACACUUUAGAAAAGCAACUACUGGACAUGACCGUGAGCGCAGCCACUAAUAUUGCUGCACUGAAUGCAGUCCGAAUUGCACCCAGGAGCGAAACACACCGGGAGGAGCAUGGGAGGCUGCCUGGUGCUAGGGAAGAAGGUGAGGGUGAAGAGGAGAAAAAUGAAGGCAACACAAGUCAAUGGCAGCCAAACAAUGGAGGAGAGAGCAAUGGAAGACUGAAAGUGAACAAGGGAAUAGCUGAAAACAAAUGGAGCACGGACAACAAAUUGACCUCAAAUGAAGUCAGGUUGCAAGGUUUCAUCCUGACUUUGCAGGAGGAUCUCAGGGUGCUGUUGGACAGAGAAGAAAGAGGGGUGACGGAGCAUAGGAGACUGAUCGAGCAGCUCCAGGAGGCACAGGAGAACAACCUUUUCCUGUGCUGCAAGGUAGAGGAGAUGAAGGUUGAGUUACAACAGCUGAACCUGUCUGAAAGUGCCCUGAUAAAGGAGGUGGAAGAGUUAAGAGUGGAAAACACCAGGGUCCAACAUGACAUUAAGGAUUCAACUAAACAAAUAUCCGAUCAGUCAUCUGCGAUCACUGCUAAUGGUUGCCCUAGUGAGACGGAUCCAACUGUGCAUCAUCCAGAAGAAGACUCUGAAAAGGCAUCAGAUGAGCAAGAUGCAGUUCCAAUCUUCCACCACCAGGCUGCAGAAGGGAGUCCUAACUGUGCCAUCCGAGAUUUUAGCUUCACUGCCAAACAUGGACCUCAACAUUCCUCUAAAAAAGACACCCGAAUCAUUUAUCCUUUCCUCAAUCUCCAACCCCUUUCCUUGGUAUCAGAGAUAAAAGAGUGGGGUUCUACAGGGGGCCUCAAUGUGGAGGACAGUCACAGCGCAGAAUCUGAGGCCCUGAGGGAGGCGUACAGGAGCUUGGGUUUAGGUGAGGACCUCAAGGGUCUUAGAGAGCAAUGUGACCACCUUGAGGCGGCCCUUCAGCACUCAAAACAGCAGCUGCAGAUGAUGGCUCAGGAGAAUGCGCAACUGAAAUUACAGCUCAGCAACCAAGGGGAGGAGAUGCAAGAGUCUUUGUUACAUAAGUUGACCCCAACAUCAACCAUUUAUGAAGCAGAUGUUUGCCAAUUACCUCCCAUGGAAGACGACGUCACCGCACCCGAUGGCCUUCUCCACGCCCUAAAUAAUGAGAACAGAGCCUUGGCUCUCCAUCUUCAGGAAUUGCUGGCUCACAUUGAGCAUAGUGAGAAAGAAAUGACGAGUGAGCGUUCUCAGCUGAGGGAAGAUAUUUUGUGCCUGAAGGAAGACAAAGCUAAGCUGGAACAAGAGAAGACUGAGCAAGCGUGUCUUGUCACAGAACUUACUAGAAAGACUGAAGAUGAUCUCAAUACAAUUAUGGAGCUACAGCAAAAGUUAGAAGAGCAUGUGGAUUGUAAUAAACUAAAAAAUGUGGCGUGUGGAUCUCUGUUGCAAACUAAGGAUACAAUUUUGGAAUUGGAACGGUGUCAAGAGAACAACUCAGAGAAAUUCUUGGGCAGUGGGAUCGAAGGUGUAACAACAAAACAAGAACAAAUACGACUGAUUUCAACUUCGUUACCAGAAGACAAGACUACAUAUUUAAAGCCUGUUGACAGCCCACCAAGCCAUCUCGAUGUUAAGUCACUCAGUGAUCAAGCAGAACAGCUCACAAAGUCCAUCCGAAGCCUGAAAGCUGAGCAACAGCAGUUGUAUGGCUAUUUGGUGCCUCUCCAAAAGAAACAAAAAGAACUCUCUCUGUCAGUCCAAGCACAGAAGGAGGAGAAACAACACUUAACUCGGACAAUUUGGGCUCUCAAAGAUGAGAGGGACGGGGUUUCUCGAUCUCUGGAUGGUCUUAAGCAUGAGAGGGAGCAAAUAAUCAGAGUAGUCAGUGGGCUAAAAGAUGUUCAAGUUCGCCUUUCAAAGUCUGUGAGCAGUCUGAAAGUACAGAAAGAGAAGUUCACAGAGUGUUUUCCGGCCCUUGAAAGAGAAAAAGAAAAACUAUUCGAGUCACUCUCAAGUGGAAAAGAGGAGGUCAGACAGAUUGCACUGACUGUGCAAAAGUUGGAGAAUGAGAAGGGUCAUUUAGGUCAGGCAGUCCUCAGUUUAAAACUGGAGAGAGACAAACUAACAGAUUCUCAUCCAGAGUCGACAGAUAGGAAUCAAGCAUGCGAUCAUUUACAAGCAGACUAUGACCAUCUGCUUAAGUCAUUCAACACUUUGAAGGAACAAAAAGAAAGAACUGAACAUUCAGUCAGGUCUUUGAAACAUGAGGAAUCACAGAUAAUGUCAUUACUUCAGUCACAAAGAGGAAAAAAUUGUGGUCAACAAACUGAUCCUCAAAGUCAGACGCCAGAGAACACAGCUGAUGAUUGGCUGUCAGCAAAGAUAAAAGCUACUGAAGAAAACAAUCAAAAUAUGACAGGAAACUUCACUGGAAACUCUAUACAGGAACAGAGUGAUUUGGUGAGGAAGCUAGAAGCUGUGCAAAGAGAAUUGAAUGAAUCACAAGAAGAACUGGACAGAAGACGUGCAGAAUCCAUUGCCUUACAUGGGCAGCUGAGUCAGUCAGAAGCGAGGAGAGAAAAUGCUGAGAAGUUAUCAAUCCAAGCAGCUGAUGAAUUAAAGAAACUGAGAGAUUUUGCUAAUCAGGCAGAAGAAACCCUUAAGGAAAAUAGAUGUCUUACCACGCAGGUGAAACAGUUGGAGAGCAAAGUAUCCGUCCUCAUCCAGGACAAGUCUACAGCUCUAACACUCAAGUCACAAAUUGAGGACCAACGCAACCUUCUCACAGCUCAGCUCAAAGCCAAGACGGUGGCGCUAGAGGAACUGAACUCUGAAUAUAUCACUCUAAAAAAAGAGCGAGACGGCAAAGAUGAGCUCAGCACUCUCAUCUCUCUCCGUGCACGUUACAACAAUAUCCGAGCCAAGUAUGAUGCACUCCAGCAAACCAGGAGCAAGACUGAUGUGGAUAUAGUUCCUUUAAAGGCCAAGCUUUCCUGUCUGGUGGUGAAGUGUCAAGAGAGAAACAGCCUUUUGGCACGGAUGAUGAAAGUCAUGCGUGAGCACAGUGUUGUGGAUUUCACUCUGACACAGCGAGCUGACGAGCUCCUCAGAGAUGCUGCACUGCUCGAAUAUUCUGCGGCAUUUGCACCUGCAAGCUGUGAGGACAGCCAGGAUUGUGAGCCUUCACCAGGGUUUCUUUCCAAAUUCCACAACUACACAAGCAGCCACACACUGAAUGAUUCCGACAAAGAACAGACAAGCGCAAAACCCUUUUUUCUGGGAGCGUCUACAACAAAUGUCCCUGAUUGCAAUCGUGAUGCCAUAUGUUCACCGAUUGAAAGAAGGACGCAAAAUGCCAACUCACCUGUGCCAAUUGUUAAAGAGGAUAACCGGGUGCCACUGUCAUCUGAACCUGGGAAAGAUGUUCCUAGUCCCGAACAAACCAAUAUGCCUCCCUCUUCCACCGAACAAGAGCAACGUUCUCAUCUGGAUAUAAGACCCGAGUCGUGCCCGAGUCCAUUCAACGUGUAUGACAUGAACAGGUCCUUCAAGAGUCCUGUCCCUCUGCUAUCGCGCGCCCAUGUCAGUCCUAACAGGAGAUUGAGCAGUCCUGAGAAGAUCAUCAACCUCCAAGAGCAGUUACAGCACACUCUGCUAAGUGGCUGUGAAGCUGUGGUGGGCAAAGAAAGAAUUAAAUCCAGAAGAACGUCAUUCUCUGCUCCCGCAUCCCCUAAUCCGUCUUCUCACAAAAAACAGCAAGGCUUCGGUUUUAUUGCUCCACCUAAUGGCCUUUACCCACUCAGCACUCUCCCGAGCACGACCGAGCUCCCUCUUCCCAUGAUGAAGACGCCGGUUUCUCGAAGUCGGCCCGCAACACUUUUUAAUGCAGUCACCGCAAAAUGCGCUAACAUGUCAUUCACACCUCAUUUGUUGGCCAACAAUUGUUUUAAAGCGACAGUGUCCCAAACCAGCUCAGCUCCUAACUCACUGAUCAGCACUGCUGCCUCAAGCAAAACCAACUCGACCUUAAGGCAUGACUGCAAUGUACCAAUGUCCCUAAAAUCUAAAAGACAAAUUUCUUCUGAUGUGGCCACUGCUGAACAUUCCGCUUCCUCUCCUUUAAUGACCUCCAAAAGUACUGACUCGAGUGUUUUGGUGUGUUCUGAUACAAAUCUAAAAAGCACUGCCUCAGACACGACUGCCCUGACAAAAGCGACUGCCAGCAAAACUGAGGUUUUCAGCUCGGUAAUAAAACCUAAUGGUGCUGCUCCUUCUGCAUGCGACGGCUUAGAAUUCUGGACGAUCAAGUCCCAUUUUACUCAACACUCUGCUGAGGAAUCUUCAAAUAACACAAAAUUCCACAUUCCUGAAGAGGAAAUUAGAACACGAAGACCUGAACCAGAUGCUCCAGCAGAGGUGAACUGCGUGGAGGUCAUCAAACAAGUUGGUCAGAGCAGUCUCCUGAUUGGCUGGGAGAGGCCUACACUGGAUCAGCUGGGCUGCAGCAAUGGGACUUAUGUGUAUGGCUACAGGGUGUUUUUGGAUGGGGAAUUCUACAAGUCUGUGAUGAGCUCUGCUUGCACCAAGUGUGUCCUGGAAAACGUAGACCUGACUUCUCCAGUUGAAAUCGGCGUCGAGACACUGGGCUCCAACGGGCUGAGUUCAAAGUGUGUCCAGACUAUCUAUAUGUCUCCUGUUGUGACAGGCCACCUAUGAAACCUUUUUCUCCUGGAGGCAACAUGUAGGACAAUUGGAAAGCAAAAAUAGGCUUUUAAUUAUAUCCCACACAUGAUUUAAUUGAGUACAAUAUCGUCAUAAUUAAUUGUGGAAACUAUAUUCAUCAGUGGAUCAAUCAAAAAAUCGAUCCUCAUAAUUUAAUCAUUUCAAUCACUGCUUGGAAGGUGAAAUGUUCAAGAUUUUGCAUCAUACUUAAAAAAUAUAUAUAUAUUUUUAAUGUGUUUCUACUUGCAUCUUUCUAACAGAGCACUGAAAAUGAGAUGAGGUCAUUACACUGGAUCAGCUGAGACCAACACAAAAAUAAAAUUGUCACACAAUCUUGAUCAUUUCAUGAGCUUUUUGGCCACUUUUUACUGGACACAGGACCUUAAAGCAGUCAAAUGAAGACUCAAGAAAAAACACUAUUCUCCUGCGGUUUGUGUAAAUGCAGGUGAAUAAAUUUCACCAUAUCCUAUCGGAAGAGCCUUUUUGAAAGGGAUUGCCACGUUUGGAUUCAACUUUUUUUUUUUUUUUUUUUCAUACAGUCAGUUAAAU